AUGACACGCAUGCCAGCCUGCUGCUCUAUGUCACCACAGGAAACAAAGCCAACAAAGAUCUCACCUCUGCGACAAGCAAAAAUCUGGUUUAUAGAAGAGAGAGAACGGCUCCCCAACCCCACCAUCAACUUCACCAGCCACCCCAGCAUCUCCACCACCACCACUAUCACCACCACCACUAUAACAACAACCAAUGGAAUUUUUCCGCCGGGCAUGCUAUCCACCUUUUGCUGCUCCCGAGCGACCUUAGGGUCACCUUCCGGCGAUCACGGUCUGUUCGCUCCCCCCCACACACACACACAUACAUAG